UAUGCUACGAAGAAAAUUGCAGAACUGGAAAUGCAAAUCACCGAGAAAGACAAAGUGAUUUCAGAUUUACGCGCAGAAGUGGACAAACUAAGGCAGGCGAAUGAGGUGUAAAUGUUGCAUCUUGUUGGAGGUUUUGGUUGUUUGAUGCAAAAUAAGGACGAUGAGGUGAAGAAACUCACCACUGAAAACGCUGAAUUGCAAAGGGCAAUUAAAGUUUUGGAGGAGCAGCUUGCUGAGCGCGAAGUGCAUAACGUGACUCAAGCGUUUCGUGCAGUAGACGUGAAUGUAGAGGGUGUGAACUAUGGUUUGAUGGGAAACGAACAAGUUACUGACCUAACAAACAAUACGUCCCCAAACAGGGUGUUUGCAGUGAUUGGGGAUGCAGUUCUAGUGCGGGAUGUCAUGCUAGUAAGGGAACAGACCAACAGUGUUAGUGAAAUGCAGCAUGGUGUAAUAGCUGGAACAGAGGUGGUAGUUAUUAGUCCAAACAUGGCUGAAGGUGGUCGGUUGAAUGUUUGGAAAAAUUCAUUUAUGUGGGAUGUCAAACGCAAAGAUAGAAAGGGGUUAACAGUGACAGGGGUUGAGUGCGUGGGUGUAAGUGGGCAGAUGAGCAAUUCAAACGUGGUGCAUGUUCCUCCAUCUACAAGUAAUGUAGUAUGCAAUGCCAGAAACAGUGGUAGCACAGAUGUAAUUGAUGUGGACGUACAUCUAAAGAAGAAAUCAGGAUUUGACAUUAACAACAGACACGCGGUGUGGAAAAUGAUGACAGCUGCGGAGAAGAAAAAGAUAACCGAUGCAUAUAACAGGGAUGGUGAUAGUGCUGUGAUGUGGGACGGGCAGGGUCACGGUGUUGCUGUGUAUUUCACCGAUGUGAAAUCUCUUGUGCGCCAAUCUGAGAUACGGGGGAAUGUGAUCGAUGCAUAUGCUGUGCUGUUAAGUGCUGAGCAUGAGAGGAUAAAUGAGGGCGUUGAUGCUGCAGACAAAUCUUAUUUCUUCAGUAGUAUAUGCAUAGUAAGUUUGUGCCUGUAGAUGUUAUGUUUGGUUAUGGAAGGUCAUAAUGUGUAACAUGUUUGCAUGGUGAUGCAGGACAUGAUGAAGAACAACAACGUACGCUCAAGGAAUAGGUAUGUGCUGGAUAACCUGCAUGCAGCUAAGCUCUUCCGUUACGUACAUUUCCCGAUUUGCAAAGAAUCACACUGGACGCUGGUCGUGUAUGACACUGAGGAUGGGAGUUGGAAGCAUUUUAAUUCGAUAAGGACGAGGAGCGGAAUUGUGGACGUACACUACAUAGAGGUGCUUUCCCUG